AUGAGCAAAAGAAAACGAGAUUUUGAGUUCCGAAAUAACCCAGAUGAUUUCUGUUAUGUCUGCGGUCCGAGUGAUGGUUUGGGUAGACCUCUCAAGCGAUUAGUUAGCCGAGCUAACCUCAAAAAAGAAGCUGAUCAACAAAUUCAAACACCCGAAAAAAUGUAUAAAUGGGCCAAAGAUAAUCUUCGAGGAAUAAAUUGUCACUUCGUUUCAAAUGAGCAAAUUCAGCAGGCUGAAAAGAAGCUCAGUAAAAGAUUCAAAGAUGCUUCCCUAGUACAAGGUUGUGGUUGUCAUGCUGCUAUUCCUAUUUCAAGUGAUAAAUAUAAAAGCGUUAUCAUCAUCACGAGAAGAAAAAGAUUUUCGUUUGAAAAACACUGA